GGUCUCACUAUACGCGUGCCUGUCCCCGGCCUGCUGUCUGCUUUUUCGUGUAUCAACAUCAACACGCUGUUUAUAAGAAAUUUUUAUUGUUUAAACCCUGAUUUUUAAUCAUGGCCAGCAAUGAAGAACCCUCUGAGUUGCCAACGUCGGAGCUUGGGACUAAAGAAUUCUGGGAUUCUUCGUAUGAAUUGGAAUUAAACAAUUUCGAUGAUCACGGUGAUGUUGGAGAGAUUUGGUUCGGAGAAGACAGCGCCACUCGCAUCGUUAGGUGGAUGUCCUCGAAUGACAUCAUAUCCAGUACUGACAGCAUUGUUGAUCUAGGAUGUGGCAACGGAAUGCUGCUGAUUGAGCUAGCAGAAGAGGGAUUUGAAAAUCUUCUAGGGGUUGACUACUCCGAGGCUGCUGUGAAAUUGGCUAAGAAAGUAGCAACAGCACAAAAUUUAGACAUCAAGUUUGAGACGUGUGAUAUUCUGGAUGAUGCAGCUAAACCUCUCAAUGGAAGACAGUUUAAAGUUGUUUUAGAUAAAGGAACUUAUGAUGCCAUUAGUCUCAGCCCUGAAAAUGCUCCUGAAAAACGAAACAUUUAUAUUGAAGCAGUCCACAAUCUUUUGGAAGCACAGGGUUCCUUCAUCUUAACUUCCUGUAACUGGACUCAAGUGGAACUUGAAUUGCAUUUUCAAAAGUAUUUUAAGUUGUUCCGUGUCCUUCCAACUCCAAAGUUCCAGUUUGGGGGUAAGACAGGUAGUACAGUAACAUCUUUAGUCUUUAGGAAAAAAACGAGUUAAUAAUUUUAUACUGAGGUAAACGUAUUCUAUUUUGUAUUCACUUUAUUAAAAUUCUUUACGAUAACAUUGUACUUACUUUAAAACUCAACAAUCUUGAAUAUUUACAUACAAACAGAGAAAUCAAUGUAAUAAAAUUGAUAUUUUUUUAUUGUUCUUAUGAUCUUUAAUGGAACAAAUAACUAAAGUGUGCUAAAUUGUGUUUUAUUGCUUCUUAAACUACAAAACAAAAGAGAGAGAAACAGUUUGAAAUAAAAUUCUUACUUGCAAGCACCAA